UCUCGUCAUUUCGUUCCAACACUGUAAUAAAGGCCUAGCACGAAUUGCUGUCUCCCUCUCUCCGGGCUCGGCAAGACUUCUUCCCGGAUUCCGUGGUUUUACCGAGCAGGUUUCUUGAACCUCCAUUACAGCACAGAGCUCGCGAGCUUCUUCUGCGCAUGUAUCCGUCUCGCGAAGCCUCCCUGAGUCAAAUUCCAGGCCCUAUUACCCCGUUUCUGCUGGUGGGUGGUGGAGCUCGAUCCGUGAACAGCUUGCGGGGAUGCGAAUUGCAGGGCUCUGAAGAAGUUCGGAGGUUAAUAAUUGCAUUGCUAACGAACAAUGCGGAUAAUGGGUUAUUACUGCUUUCGUUGAAGUGAUAUGAGGUAUUGAAUAUGAGUGAUGGGGGUCGGGAGAACAGAAGGGAACAUGAAAUAUCAAGCGGUCACAGAAAAUCCGGUGUCGACAAUUUUGCACGGGCCAUUGCAAAGAUUGCUGUUGCGCAAGUGUGUGAAACUGAAGGGUUUCAGGCUUUUCAGCAGUCGGCGCUCGAGACAUUCUCUGAUGUAGCAGUUAGAUACAUACAUGAUGUAGGAAAGACAGUGCUCUUGUAUGCUAAUUUGGCAGGUAGAACAGAGAUUAGUGUUUUUGAUGUUAUCCAAGGACUAGAAGAUUUAAGUUUGGGUUUUGGUUUUGUGGGUGCUUCGGAUAUAGAUCACUGCCUAGUGCAGUCAGGUGUAGUACGUGAACUAUUGCAGUAUGUGGGUGAUUCUGAUGAGUUACCAUUUGCCUAUGCUCUUCCUCAGUUACCUAUCAUUAGAGAUAGAAAGCAGACUCCAAGUUUCUUGCAAGCUGGAGUGGAGCCUCCUCAUGAACAUAUUCCAUCUUGGUUGCCUCCAUUUCCUGAUACCCAAGACCAUGUUCAGUUGCCAAUGCAGGAGAACGGUGCUAAGGAUCCUCAACUUGUAGAUGUUGAACAUGGAAAAGGCGAUCAAAAGCCUGACCAGCAGUCUUCAUUGAGUGUGCAGCUGUUGCAUUCUAUCAACGGAUUAGAAGGUCCUCCCCCAGUUGAUGAGAGGAAUGCUGCUAAGCUGAAAGAAGCAGCAGUAACUAAUCCAUAUCUCGCUGCACCUCUGAAUUUUGGUGAGAAAGAAGUAUCUCCGGCUGUUCUUCCUGCUAAGCUCUCCAGUCAAGCAGCGGUUGGCGAUCAUGUAGGACAAAAGCAGGUAAUAUAUGGUAAAAUAUCUGCACUGGAAGCAUUUGUCCCAGGCAUUGAAUCGAUGAAAGGCGGGUUGAAUGAUUCCGAUGAGGGUCAGAAAAAGGUUUUUCCGAGCCAAAGACCACCUGUGCAGUUCAAGAUUAGGACCGGCAAAAGGUCCUUCAAUGCAAACCCAAACUCGAGCUUUGAGAACGAGGGUCUUAUUUGGGGUUCCCCUCGGCAUGGGAAAAGUUACUCUGAUGAUGACAAGAAAAAAAGUUCUGAGAAAGUUGCAGAGGAUUCUGUGGAAAGUGCACAUGAUCCAGCUUAGUUGUACAUUGAGUUUGUUCGGUUAGACUUUCAACAUUUCUGAGAAUCUAGCAGGAGAGCUUUGUUUUGCAUUUUAGUUAAUGCUAGUGAAUUUCUGUGUGACAUAUUGACUGAUACUGAUUAUGGUGACGUGCUAAAAGGUAGAUUGUAUAACAAGUACAUGAGCUAUAUGAUACCAGUUGAGCAAUUAGCUGUUGUCAGCCAAUGAUUCUUUCCAAAUAAAAAUUCUUGCUUUCA